AUGGAUAUGGAUACGGAACCUGGCUUUGUAGUUACAGCGUGGCGGAACCUCCAGGAGCUGCUUCAGCUGCGCCAGGACCUCUACAAUACUAGCGACAAAUUCUGCAGACAGAAGGCGGUGAACAAGGUUUUUGCAUGGCGUCUACGUAAGCCAGAGGGUCUGCCACUGCUGCUAGACUCUACGGCUGAUAUCGUUGAUGUGGUCCUGCAAGACGAAAGGAGCGGUCUGGGACAUAAUGCACUCAGAUUGUUGUACGCAACUGCAAUAUCACGCUUCGUAACCGGCCUCGCAGACACGCAAAUCGAAUUAACCCGCGACCGCCCGAGUUGGUUCGUACCAGGAAAGGCGCUCCAAUUGCCCCUAGCACUCCUGGAAACACGCCACCGCAUCGUGCAUCGUCACCUGCCCUCGCUCGCAGAGCUAAAGCGCACGGCGGCCGAGUCUCUGGAGUGGCUUUGGGAAUGGUACUGGAGUCAGCUUGAGACGGCGUUUUCCGGUGCAAAUGGCGAAGGAGAAGCAGUGGAGUAUGAGGAGAUUGGUGUAGAAACCACACAAGUUUUCAAAGAAAAGUUACAAGGUUUGCUGAAAAGCUACCUCAAAGACCGCAAGGCGGAAAUCAAGAGUAAGACAGUAGGACAUGAUGGAUUUAACGCGGUGUCAAAAGCAGUAUCUUCAUACACGACACUCUGUUCCACCAUUUUGAACAUCAGCGGUUCCUCUCCACCACCGCAGAUCAAAAACAUCACCCUACACACCCUCCUCGACCCCAAGACAAUCCUACCCACGGAUAGAAAACUAGGCAGUAGCAUGUCCGGCGCCUUCCUCAUCUGGACACCCCUCUUACUCGCCUUUUGUAGCAGUCCGGAUCCUACUACCACACCAGCUACUAUCCCCCUCCCAACACUCCUCGCUCAUAUGCUGAAGGCUAUGGAUGCACCCUCGUCGCGCAGCCCAGAGAAUGAUCCCGUCAAGGAAGCGUGGCAUGACUGGGUACUUCAUGUUCUCACGUCGCGGGAAUGGGAGACUGCGAGAAAGGCGGUUGGUGUUGUGGAGGAGGUGCUAGGGAACUGUUUGUGUGAGCCUACGUAUUGGAAUUUGAGGGUUGUGGAGGGUGUCUUGAGGUGUGAAGGUGCGGAAGUGGGGAAUAAGGCGGAGUGGAGAAGGGUGUUGGAUGCGGCGAGGGAGGAUGGAGGUGGAGAGGAUAUGGAGGUUGAUGUUGAGGAGAUUGAGGAGGCUGUUGCAGUGGGGGAGGCGGUGCUGAAGGGGGAUGAGGGUGAGGGUGGAGAGAAGAUCUAUGGACCGGUUAAGGUGGUGGGGAUGUGGAAGGGGAGGCCGCUUGGGUGGGUGCCUGAGGGGUGGGAGGAUGAUGAGUAG